UUUAUGUUUUCUCUUCUCAGUUGGCGAAUCAGCUACUUUUUUAAUGAGAAUUUUUCGAAGGCAGGAUACCGGGGGCGGAGCCCUUCGAGUCCUGGCGGUUUUUUUAAAUGUUAAAAGUUGUGCCCUUUGACACUUUGCCCCCACCCCCCCCCCCCCCUCCGGGUUGUGGGAGAGGGUGGAGUUUGCUCGUCACUUUGCCCCCUAAAGAUGGUGCGCGUCUAAAUAAGGAACUUGUCCUGGAGUUGCAGCUGCAGUGGCUUGUCCCGUUUCAAAGCACGUUAUAUCUUUUGAACACAAUCAAGACAACGUGAAAAUGGCUACAGCCAUACCAGAAGGAUUUCAUUAUGAGACCAGAUAUGUUGUUUUGAAUUACUUGGGGCUGAUUUCACAAGAAAAGACUCCAGAACAAACAGGGGAAGGGAUACAAUCAAAAGAAAGGCCUUCUCUGCAAAGGAAUGUAGCUGAGAAAAUUAAGACUGAAAUUGAAGAAGAACUCCAUCUCCUGCAUAAUGACAUCAAUAAAGCCUUUAGCAGUACAGGAUUUGACUGCCACACAUCUCCAGUAUUUAGUCCAGCAAAUCCAGAAAUUUCAAUAGAAGACUGCCUGGCUCAACUUGGAGAAAAAGUAUUCCGGGAGUUUGCUGUGCAACUGCAGACAGCACAACAAAAUAUUCUGAGCAAGCCACUUGAAUAUGAAGUAUACAAAGAACAAGCAAAUCGUGUUGCCAGCCACACCAGUGGGUGGAAUAAGGUUCUGAUCUCUUUAGUGUUGUUGCAGCAGCUGCUAGCCAGUCACCACCAGCAGCCACUAAAGGAGCUAGUGAAACUUGGAGUGAAGUACAUAGAGGAGACGGAUGCUGAUUAUAUCAUCCAGCAAGGAGGAUGGAUGCUGCCUCACCUGUUGAGCAUUUUCCACAGUUGUUUUUUCUUUUGCUCCUAAAAUAAUUACUUGAAGCUGUUGCAUAGAAGAAGCAUGAAAUGACACUUCAAACGUUCAAAGGUCAAG